UUCCUCCUCCUCGAGUCCUCUUUCUUCUCCACUUCUCCUUCCUGCGGCGGCGGCCGAUUUGGGGGCAAUUCGCCAUAGCAGAUUGGCAACGAAGGGGAGGAAGCAACCGGCGAUUCGCUCCGAGCCGAUCUGAUUCGCCAUGAAGCCUUUCAAGAAGGAAUUCACCUUCGAUGAGAGGCUCCAGGAAUCCGCCGCCAUGAUCGCCAACUACCCCGCCAGGGUCCCCGUCAUCGUUGAAAGGUAUUCAAGGAGUAAUUUACCAGAAAUGGAGAAGAGGAAGUACCUGGUUCCCUGUGACAUGCCAGUUGGGCAGUUCAUUUUCAUACUACGGUCCAGGUUACACCUAUCUCCAGGAACAGCGCUAUUUGUGUUUGUAAACAACACUUUGCCCCAAACAGCUAGCCUGAUGGGAAGUGUAUACGACUCGUACAAGGACAAGGACGGCUUCCUUUACAUGUGCUACAGCAGCGAGAAGACAUUUGGCUGCUCUGCCCCUGGACUGACCUGACGUAGAAAUUUUGCUUUGCGGCCAGGUAGCCCGUACAUCACCUCUGUGCAUAUAUCGUGCUACUCCGUAUGUUAUGUGAUCAACUCUGUACAUAUAAUAUCUUGCUACUCCUUGUGUUAUGUGAAUAAACUCUGUACAUAUAGAUGCAUCGUGCUACAUUUGAGAAAUGAUGUACUACUUGUGUAUAGCUGUUAAUAAAGCAAUAUCCUACCCUCUACAAAA